CGUAAGGAACACCCGAAGAAGAACAGGUGGCAACCUUUCAAGGCAAAGCGUUCAUGACACAUAACGACACUUUCUUUUGUUUUUUUGGUUUCCACCCAUGAGUUGUGUGUAAUUUAAGGGCGAGGAGACACGAUGGUAAAAGAAGCUGGGAAGGAGAGUGCCGAGGAGAAAGGCUUCCGGACGCCUGGGCUGAGGGGAGCACAGACCACCACAUUGUUCCGGGCUGUCAAUCCUGAACUCUUCAUAAAACCAAAUAAACCAGUGAUGGUAUUUGGCCUGGUGGCCAUCACUUUGAGCGUGGGUUACCUGGGCUAUCUGCACGCUGUGAAAGAAAAUGACCAGCAGCUUUAUGAAGCGAUAGACAGCCAAGGACAGAGAUACAUGAAGAGGAAGACGUCUAAAUGGGACUGAUGGCAGUCCCAGAUGGCAGAUGCAUGCUGUGCAGCACCAUGUGACAGUGUGUAGAAUAUGGGGUUUAAAGGACACAAAGAUGAAAGCUGAGCUGAUUGAAACAAGGACAUACCCCAAACUGAAGAGUCUCACCGUGUUCCAACAGGGCUACACAUAUGAACAGGACCAACAACCAAAUACACACACACCCUUAAUAGAAAUGUAGAGAGCUCAAAUAACCCAACAUCCAUGUUUUUGGACUGUGAGAAGAAGGCACAGAACUCCAAAAGAACCCACACAUGAAUGAGAACAUGCAUACUCCUUUCAAAAAGACAGCGACAGUGCACAGUGGACUUCCGUGGAGAACGUGGAAUGAAGUAAAUCAAGUUAUUGUUCAGAAUCCUAAUAAACUUAGAAAAUAUUAAAGCUA